AUGUUGAAUAAUGAAUAUGCAAUUGAAAGUAGCUAUAGCAUUUUAUUUUUCUUUAAGAAUGCCAAUGAGUUGGACAGUUUAUUGUCUGUAAGCGAAGAGCGGGAUGAACAGGCGACAAGAGGAUGCAAAGUAUCAAUGGAACUUAUGCAAAGUAAACACGAUCAAUUGAUAGUAAUUGAUUCAGAGAUUUUGGAGCUUAUGCUGGAGUCUGAGGCCUCUGAAAAUGACAUUGGAACACAGUGCGAGAAUUCCGAGGAGUAUAAAAGAAAAUAUUUGGAUUUACAAUGUAAAUAUGAGUCAGUCUUUAAAUGUGUAGCUGAUGAGGAGAUAUCUUUAGCCAAAUUAGACAUUAAAUCGUGA